UCUCCGCUCCAUUUGCCAUUAAUUGAAAACUAGUUCAACAUAAAUACAUAAUAUACAUAAAAUUUGUAAAAUGUGUGACAUACCCUGCGUACACGAUGCCACCAAAUGCCAGGAGCCAACGAUCAUCAAGGGUCGCACCUUUCCCGUACUGUUGCUCUACUGUUGGCAUCGCGAGUACGAUAAGCGUCCGUACGAGCACUUUCAGUUUCGCCGGCUCGACUUUGAGGAGCGCAUGAAUCGCGGCUAUCAUUGUAUACGUGAUUUUCGCACCAUUGUCAACUAUUUGCAGCAGCGCCGCUUGAAGUCCGUCUUCAUUUCGAGCGUGGUUGUAAGUAUUUGGGAUGCGCGUCUGGUGCAGGACUUUGUGCGCUCGCUGCAGAACGUGCCAAAGAUUGAGCUGAAGCUGAUGCGGCUGCCGGUUGAGUUCUUUGUGAUGAUGCGCCUCAAUGUGCAGAAGAUGAAGCUGCGCCAACUGAGCCUCGAGGGCACACCCCUUAGUCCAAAGACUGCGAGCAUGUUGCGUGAAUUUCUCCUGGCCAGCAAUACGCUGCAUACCCUUGACGUGUCCAGCUGCAAUUUGACCCAAUAUAACUUUGCCAUUGUGGCGGACGGGGUGCACAAGUCGGCCAGCAUGCGUUGCUUUAUAGCCAAUCGCCUGUUGGGCGACAAAUUGACGCUGGACACCGAGAAGAUUAUCUCGAUAGUUGGCUCGCUCCUGAUGCAGAACAAACUGACAGAGCUGACGAUGCAACUGUGUGAAUUCGUGGCCCAGGAUAUGGAGGCUAUUGCCGAGUAUCUGCAGAGCCCGAAGUGUUCGCUGCGCAAACUCAAUCUCGCCCACAAUCUGAUAGCCGCCGACGGCGCCCUGUUUCUCAUGCGCGGCAUUGCGCAGGGCGGCAACCUGGAGCUGCUCGAUAUCAGCGGCAAUACAAUUGGCACACAUGGCGGCGAAUGGGUGGCCAUGUACUUAAGCUCCUGUAACAUGCUGCAGCAUUUGUAUCUCAAUGACAAUCAAAUUGGCGCCGAGGCAAUUAGUCUUAUACUGUUGACCCUGAAGAAGCCGUGUCGCAUUAAGCGACUGCAGCUGUACGGCAAUCAGUAUGAUGGACGCACCGCCAUGAUUUUACGCCGGCUGCUGGAUGCCAAGGUGGUGCGGCAGGAGACGAUCGACAUUAGCUAUACGUUCGAUGAGGCGUUGCAGGAUUAUCGUGUUGUGCCCUGGCGCUAAAAAAUUGUGUUUCUUUCUAAUUGAGCUGCGUUUAAUAGAGAAAUUCGAGUCAAGUGUGAUAUAAAACAA